AUGACCACGCCCAUCACUAAUGCCCAAUGCGUGGGCGGUGACAUAAUUUCUUACAUCACCGCCCAGAUUGGCGUUGAGUCCACUAACACAUCUAAAACCAAUACCACCAACACCACCACCACCACCACCACCACGAGCAGCACCACCACAUUCAUCAGCGGCAAUCACCCUAUGCUACACACUCGCUUCCUAUAUACCUAUGAACCAUAUCCGAGUAUACGGAUUCAUCUGGUGCAUCAUUUAAAGGAUUAUUACAAAUUGACACGUCUUAGAAAUCUACAUGGACAGGAAAUACGUUUUACCGUCGAAUCAAAUUCCCCGCGUGUCUUUAAGUAUAUCAAUCGUCAUGGCAAAUUAGUAUAUGCUGGUUACUUUUAUGAGCUAAUACAUCAGUUUAUUGGAUACUAUAAUGGAACUGAGAUCAAGGUGCACGAGAAUAUGGAAGUUGUACCCCUUGGAGACUAUAUGCCAUAUCCAGAGCUCAAUGUACUUAACCUUACCGACACGGAGCAGUAUUAUCAAAGGACACGUGCUUUACUUUGGAAUUUUCAUGGCUAUGCGAUAAAUUGUGGUGUUGUAAUGGUGGGAGCACCACGUGCCUUUAUGUAUAGAGAUGAUAAGAAUAAUGAUAUCUAUGCUGGUUACAUGCUAAAUAUGGUAUUGGCUUUCAUAGCGCAUCAUAAUGGCACAAUAAGGACUAGACCUGUGUACACCCUAAAGGAGGCCUAUGAUUCAUUGAGCAAUCCUGGAUUUAUGUUAACCAAUUUGUAUUUGGCCCAAUUAUCGACUAGUCUGGCAGCAGGACUCUAUGAGAAGCAGGUCAACACAUUUGACGAUCUGCCCGGUACUGAUCUCACAUUGCCAGUUAUCGAAACGGAAAUUAAGCAUUUUCAUCAAUUGCCUGAUAUUCAUCCAGAAUUGGCAUCCCGCAUGAUUGUCACAUCCGAACUAUUGGUGGACAUCUAUCGCAGGCAAUUGAAUACCAGUUAUUUGCAUUGUGGCUAUGAGGAUCGCAUUGAUUUUGCCCUAUAUCAGCAGAAAUUCUUGCGCCCACCGCUAUUUCAUAAAUUAACGAAAAUUGUGGAUCAGCAGCCAUUCCAAAUACCCAUACGCUAUGGUUUACCCUAUUUGCAAAUUUUCAAUAGGUAUAUGAGACGUGCAUUUGAGGGCGGCAUUUGGCUAAAACUGAGAACGGAUAGCUUUGCUGAUGGCAUACGCAGUGGACAAUUGCAUUUUUUCAAUGGCGCUAGAUACAUGAAAAGGGGCUUGAGAGUGUGUAGCUACAAUGUGAAUGGGCCUGACGACGAUGACGACAACGACAACGACGACAACUCUGAGGAGGAGGUGAAUGAAGAUGACGAGAAUGAUGAUGAUGAGGAUUCUGAGGAUGAGAAUGACGACGACUACGAUGGAUGGACGGAUGGAUGGAUGGAUGAAUGGUUGGUUAGAUGA